AUUAUUUUCUGUUUUUGUUUUACAGGAUCAUACUUUCCGAAAAGUGAACCUGAAUGGAGACCCACACCAGUAUACCCACCGGUAUAUCCAGUUUAUCCAUUACCAGUGAUGCCAAGGUAUCCUUAUCCAUACAGCUAUCCAAGUUUUCCACUUUCGGGGCAGCCUGGCUUUCCUUAUAGACAACCACCUAUGCCAUAUGUACCAAUACCUUCAGCUUACCAGUCUCAUGUACAUCCUUACGGUAGUUUUAUGAAGCCAUCUUAUCCACCAAAAGCACCCUAUCCUUAUAAGCCGAUGCCAAAGAAUCCGCUAAACAGCAAUUGGUUGAAACAACUUUUAAAAAUAAAAGCAAUGAGACCAUCUAACAUUGAAAUAAAUAAUGCAGCUCAAUCGAAUGCAUCAUCAUCAUCAGCAUCAAAUGCUACAAUUUCUGUCAGAGUAGAACUUAAACAUCCAAAUAAUACCAUAAUUCAGAAUGAUUUGAAAUUAUCCAAACAACCGUUGAAGAAUAUUCUCAAUAUUUUGGCUGACAGAAAUGCAUGUUUCAAUUAUACUACUUUUCAAAGAAAUUCUCGCAUAAACGAAAGAAAGGUAGGUGAAUAUGUACAGACACUGUGUAACACUACGGAAAUAUAUGGCUCACAUUUGUCAUCGAGAUAUUGGCUGCUAUAUACAUUAUCUGGAGAGAAAGAUUUAGAUGUGGCAUACGUUCCAAACAAUAACACCUACAUAAAGAUGGAAUACAUGAAUGCAACACUCUUAUCUUCGUUUUUGCAUUAGAAUGUUUCAGGAAAUGUAUGACUAAUUUCAGUUAGAAAUAAUUUCCAAAUUAUUUCGAGAAAAAAGUCUUUUCUCUCAAAAGAUAUUAAAAAUAUUUAAAAAAUAA